AUCACCACAGCAAAUCUCUGGCAACCUGCAGUCCGUGAAAACUGAUCCAUACUUAGUUGCUUCGAGAACAAGCUUCCAGCCAUGAGGUUCCCCGCUCUUACGUUUGCGUGGGCAACGGCGGUGCUGCUCGUUGCGGCCGCCUUCUCGGCGGUGGCGGACGCGUCGCCUCCGCCGUCCAAGUUUUUGAAGGUCGGGUUCUACGAGCACACGUGCCCGCAGGCCGAGUACAUCGUGCGCGACGCCGUCCGCCGCGCCGUCGCCCGCAACCCGGGCCUCGCCGCCGGCAUCAUCCGCAUGCAUUUCCAUGACUGCUUCGUCAGGGGCUGCGAUGGCUCGCUGCUCAUCAACUCGACGCCGGGGAACACCGCGGAGAAGGACUCGGUGGCGAACAACCCGAGCAUGCGUGGCUUCGAGGUCAUCGACGAGGCCAAGACGGCCCUGGAGGCGAGCUGCCCGCGCACCGUCUCCUGCGCCGACGUCCUCGCCUUCGCGGCGCGCGACGGUGCCUACCUCGCCGGCGGCAUCAACUACCGCGUCCCGUCUGGUCGCCGUGACGGCCGUGUGUCUAUCGCCGACGAGGUGCUCAACAACAACGUGCCAUUCCCGACCGACGAGGUCGCGGAGCUAGUGGCCAGCUUCAAGCGCAAGGGACUCUCCGCGGACGACAUGGUCACGCUCUCCGGUGCACACACCAUCGGUCGCUCCCACUGCUCCUCCUUCACGCAGCGCAUCCACAACUUCUCCGGCGAGGUCGGCCGGACCGACCCGUCCAUCGAGAAGUCUUACGCAGCCGAGCUGAAGCGUCAGUGCCCUCCGUCGACGGACGACAUGAGCGACCCCACGACGGUCCCGCUGGACCCUGUCACGCCGGGGGAGUUCGACAACCAGUACUUCAAGAACGUACUCGCGCGCAAGGUGCCGCUCACCUCCGACCAGACGCUGCUCACCAGCCCCCGGACCGCCGGCAUCGUCGCGUUCCACGCCGUCGUGGAGAAGGCAUGGCAGGCCAAGUUCGCUGCCGCCAUGGUAAAGAUGGGCAAGGUGGAGGUUCUCACCGGUGAAGAGGGGGAGAUCAGGGAGAAGUGCUUUGUCGUCAACCACCACUAGUGAACCAUUCCUAAGUCAUUCGACGCAUAGCUAAUUUAAUAUACUUGUGUUCCGUCGAUCGCAGAUCAUACUGUUAGUUGUUCGUGUAUGUAAUUUGAUUUUCCAAAGUGAUUUUUUGCUAGAUGCCUGUGUAUGUCAAAAAGUAUAGUAGUAGUAUACUACAUCAGAAAUAAUAAGUAUUGUCUAUGGGUGAGAA